AUGGAAAACAAUCCACCCCGCAAAAAGGUCGCCGUCGUUGGCACGGGAAUGGCAGGGCUCAUAAUUGCCUAUAUUCUUAAAAAUGAUCCUCGUCAUAGAUUUGAAGUGGAGGUCUUCGAAAAGCAAGACAAACUUUCCCUUGAUUCCGCUUCACACUCGAUCUCGUCCCAAGGUGGCGAAGGCGAAAAGCAGGAACAUCUCGAUCUUCCCAUGCGCGCCAUCGCCGACGGUUACUACGAAAACUUAAAGCGAAUGUACGAUUAUUUCGGGAUCACAUACGGUUCGCGCCGGUUUAUUUACUCCCUAUCAACGUUGUCGGACAAUUCGUACGACCAAGUCAGCCCGUACUACGUCCAUUCGUCGAACAACCACCAAAUACCUCCCCUGCGUCCAGAGGGCCUAUCAUGGACUAGGUGGCUGUUUGAAACGUGCUAUUUAGCUCUUUGUUAUUACUGGUUCACUGCCUGCUGUUUCUUCGUCGCGCCAAGGACGUUCGAGUCAUCUGGUGCAGAGGAAUCUCUGCGUCAAUAUGUGGAGAGGAUUUGUUUGCCUUGGUACUAUGUGAAGUAUUACUUGCUGCCGAUGAUGUCAAGUGUUACGACUUGCUCCCACGAUGCGUUAUUGGAUUUCCCUGCUAUUGAUGUGGUUGAUUACGAAAGGAGGACGUUCCGCAAAACACACUAUACCGUUACUGGUGGAGUGCAGCGCGUGGAGAAAGAGCUUUCUAAGGGCAUGAAGAAUCGGCUUGCUACAAAGGUCACGUCUGUCGAGAAUGUAGGGACAGAAGUCAAAGUCUCUUGGACCGACACUCUCGACGGCCAAAAUCAUUCGAAGCUGUUUGACCAUGUGAUUCUUGCUGUGACACCAGAUGUUAUCGGCGCAAUUUUCGAGCCCCUUCGGAGUGCAGUGGCAGCGGUCCCCACAACCACCGUGCAGAUUGUUAUCCACCGCGACUUUUCCAAGAUCAUCGAUUGCAGCAAGUCUCUCUGGAGACAGAUUGCUUCCAACCGAUCCGACUCAGCCCCCCAGCCAUUCCAUAUCUGCUCGAAUGGAGAGGCAACCGAGGCAACCCAUGAACACCCAUCAGCCUAUCUUAUUACCAACUACCCCAUUGCCCCAAUAGACCCUGAGAAGAUUGUACAUACCGCCACCCUCACCCGAGUUCUGCGAUCACCCACCAGCAGACAUAUUGUCAACAGCAUAUUCGGAACGAGGGUCCCGGGUCAAGAAAAGAGCCAACUUUGGCAAAAUGGUGAUGGAAAUGUCUGGCUGGUUGGCAGCUGGUGCUGGGAUGGUAUGGUCCUCCUUGAGGGCUGUGUUGGCUCCGCUAUGAGAGUGGCGAAUGCACUUGGUGUUCAAGUGCCUUGGAUGCAAUAG